GAUCACUGAAGAAGAAGGCAGAGAAAUGUACGGUUUUAUCAACACAUGUUUGAAGUCGCUGGUGAUCGAUAAGUUUGGAGAAGAAACCUGGAAUAAACUCAGGGAGGAAGCAGGUGCUGAAGAUACCUUCAUGACUUACGAAGUGUACAAAGAUGAGAUUACCAUGCGGCUGGUAGCGGAGACCUGCAGGCUCCUCGACGUGGAAGCCAGUGUGGUGCUGAGACUGUUUGGCGAAUACUUCUUCGAGUUCUGUAAAAGAUCAGGCUAUGACCACAUGUUGCGCACGCUGGGAGCAAAUCUCUUCGAGUUUAUGGAGAAUCUGGACGCUCUGCACGGCUACCUGUCCCUUUCGUACAAGGAGAUGAAUGCUCCAUCGUUUCGUGUGGAAAAGAACAGCGACAGCACCAUGCUCUUACACUAUUAUUCUGACCGCAGGGGUCUCUGCCACAUUGUGCCAGGCAUCAUUGGAGCCGUAGCGAAAGACUUCUUCAGCAGUCGAAUUGAGAUGGAGGUGGUGAAUCAGAUGGAGGAGGUGGAGAGGACGGGGAAAAAGGAGCAUGUUGUUUUCCUGAUAACCCACCACCCAGCCUUCUCGGAGAAAAUGUGCAGCAGAAACGCAGCGUCACCUUCACAGCGCGCUCAGGCCUCGGGCUGCACACACGGCGCAGCACGCACCAACAAACAGGAGGUGGAAAAAUCAAGGCAGACCAAAAAACAUACAGGUGCACGGAGGAACCACUGGGAGACCGUCAGAAGCUUGGUGCAGCUGGGAAAAGGUAAACUGUUGAGGGGAUUUGAGCCUGUGUACCCUGAUGAACUGUGCAUAGACCUGAAGACUUUCUGCAAUGCCUUUCCUUUUCAUAUUGUGUUUGAUGAAGAACUGAGGGUGCGGCAGGCGGGAGUGACGGUGCAGAAGAUCGUGCCAGGAUUACAGACCAUGGGGAUCCAACUGAACCAGUACUUCACCAUCCUGCACCCAGAGGUCACCUUCACCAUCACCAGCAUCCGCAAGUUCAUCAACAGUCACUUUGUUCUGCAGACUCGUCGAGACAUGAUGCCCGAGUGCUGGAAGGAGACACCCAUGCUUGAGCUCAGAGGUCAGAUGUUGUGGAUGGCCUCUCUGCGCUGCAUGCUGUACCAGGCGUCCCCUCUGCUGCGCAGCCUGCAGGAGCUGGAGGAGAGGCGCAUGUACCUGUCCGACAUCGCCCCGCACGACGCCACGCGCCACCUCAUCCUGCUCAACCAGCAGCGGCUGGCUGAGAUGGAGCUGUCCAGCCAGCUGGAGCGCAAAAAGGAGCAGCUGCGGCAGCUCUCGCAGCACCUGGAGCAGGAGAAGCAGAAGACGGAGAACCUGCUGUACGCCAUGCUGCCUAAACACGUGGCCAACCAGCUGAAGGAGGGCAAGAAAGUGGAGGCAGGUGAGUUUAAGGAGUGCACCAUCCUCUUCAGUGAUGUGGUCACCUUCACCAACAUCUGCUCCCAGUGUGAGCCCAUUCAGAUCGUCUUCAUGCUCAACUCCAUGUACCUGAGGUUCGACCGCCUCACCACUGUACACAACGUUUACAAGGUUGAAACAAUAGGUGAUGCCUACAUGGUGGUGGGUGGCGUGCCAAUCCCAGUGUCCAGUCAUGCAGAGCGGGUGGCUAACUUUGCCCUUGGCAUGAUUAUGGCAGCUAAGGAAGUCACCAACCCCAUCACAGGAGGCCCUAUUCAGAUUCGGGUGGGCUUGCACAGUGGUCCCGUGCUCGCAGGUGUAGUUGGGGAGAAAAUGCCGCGCUACUGCCUGUUCGGAGACACGGUGAACACGGCCUCUCGCAUGGAGAGCCAUGGCCUGCCUGACAGGAUCCACCUCAGCCCCACCGUUUAUCACGCUCUGCGGGAGAAGGGCUUUCAGUUAGAGGAGCGCGGGGAGAUCGAGGUGAAGGGUAAAGGCAGGAUGCGGACCUACUUCCUCCUGAAGAACUUGAGAGCUACAGACAGUGAGAUUAUGGGCCGCUGCACGAGGGAGGCUGGCUCAGGUCAGGAGUCGGUUCACUCCGGCCUUGACUGCAGCUCUGAGCUUCCUUCCUUUAGACCUUCUUUAGAACCUAUACAGAGCAGUGACAGACGGCCCACUGUAGCCAUGAGAUACGGCGACAGCCUGACAGACGACAAGCCUCCAGCUCCGUUUACUGAAGCCCUGCCCAGUGCUAAAAGCCUAACAGGUAAAUCACGGGACUCUGAGAGCUACGGGAGUCUGCACAGCGGAAACAGGUCUGAAGAUGAGCCGUUUGAGCUGAAUGAGGACGCCGUCCGCCGCGGGCCCGACGGAGCUGAACCUCCACCUGCUGCUCGCAACAAAAAGCACGUUUGUAGCAGACUCUGUGUGGUGAGCUAA